ACUUGAACCCCAACCCUUUGCCUUUAGCCUGCAUUCACCUGCAGCUUUGCACCGUCCGUAGCCACAACUACUAACCUCAAUGUCAAAUUGCCCGCAUCUAGUCCACAUUGCCCGGCGCUUGGCGAUGUCCAAAACGCGUAGGAUGUUGCGUUGCAGCCAGCGCCUAAUGUACCAUUACAGUAGUAAUACUGCUCACAGUUCUACUAUUCCAUGCAGUACUACCCACUACUCUACCUCCAGCAAGUCCGUCCGGAUAGGAUGCGCCUCCGGGUUUUGGGGAGACACCCCCACAUCAGUGCCUCAGCUCAUCUAUGGCGGGAAGCUGGACUUCCUGGUGUUCGACUACCUUAGUGAGAUUACCAUGUCCCUCCUGACCGCCGCCAAGGCAAAGACGCCUACCAUGGGUUAUGCUCCAGACUUUGUGCAAGCAGCCAUCGCUCCAUUCAUCACUGACAUCCACAAGAGAGGUAUCCGGGUGGUGAGCAACGCUGGGGGUGUGAACCCCUUGGCAUGUGCUGCAGCUAUACAGGAAGUGAUUAAGAAGGCGGGGCUUGACCUGAAGGUUGCCGUGGUGACGGGCGAUGACCUCAUGACUCAGAAAGGCAGUCUGUCUGAGGUGAAGAUGGCGGAUGGUAGUGGUAAUCAAAGGUUACCACGGACCCUUCACAGUAUGAACGCAUACCUGGGGGCGGUGUCUAUCCAGAGGAGUCUGGACCGGGGGGCUGACAUCGUGGUGACGGGCCGCUGUGUGGACUCAGCGGUGGCCCUGGGACCCCUGAUGCACUCGUUCGGCUGGAAGACAGACAGCUAUGACCUGCUGGCUGCCGGAAGUCUUGCAGGACAUCUGAUAGAGUGUGGAGCCCAGAGCACGGGAGGAAUAUUCACCGACUGGCACACGGUCCCUGACUGGGACCGGAUGGGUUUCCCGAUAGUGGAGUGCUCCGUGGACGGCUCCUUCGUCCUCUCCAAGCCCCCCGGCACCGGGGGGCUGGUCUCCUUCGGUACGGUGGCCGAGCAGCUGGUGUACGAGAUCGCAGACCCCCGCCGCUACCUCCUGCCCGACGUCACCUGUGACUUCAGCCAGGUGGUCGUCACGGAGAUACCAGGUGUGGAGGGAGGAGCAGUCAGUGUGUCUGGUGCCAAAGGUUACGCCCCGUCAUGUGACUACAAGGUGUGUGCUACCUAUAUGGAUGGUUUCAGGGCGACCGCCGUGUGUCCGGUGGGAGGACCUCGGUCUGCGGAGAAGGCCAGAAGAACGGCCCAGAGCCUCAUUGCCCGGGCGAAGAGGCUGUUCACACAGUUGGGGUUCGAAGAUUUCAACUCCGUGAACAUUCAGGUCCUGGGAGCUGAGGACACGUACGGAGCCAACGCUGCUGGCCCGGGAUCCAGGGAGUCUGUGUUGUGGAUGUCUGUACACCACAAACAGAAAAAGGCUCUGGAGUUCUUUGCCAGAGAGAUCGCAUCUGCGGGUACUGGCAUGGCCCCCGGACUGAUGGGAAUCGUUGGCGGACGUCCGAGAGUGUCCCCUGUUCUGAAGCCGUUCUUCUUCAUGCUUCCCAAGUCCCUGCUCCAGGUGGAGUUGCACAUUGGUGGAGAGCUAGUUGAGACACUGUCAGAGGGGGCGGAGCCAGAGUCAGUGCAGCAGGAAGCCCGGCCCACUCAGGAAGAGGAAACUACUGAUGCUGAGCUGCCCAGCGGGACCCACAGCUACAGGAUAGAGGAGCUGGCAUACACCCGCAGUGGAGACAAGGGAGACUCGGCCAAUAUAGGAGUGAUUGCGCGUCACCCGGCCUUCUACCCCUACCUGAAGGAACACCUGACUGCUUCUGUGGUGGAGGACUACUUCUCUCACCUCAUACAGCCCGGCACACCCAACGCCGUCUCCCGGUACACUCUUCCCGGGAUCCAGGGCCUGAACUUCGUUCUUCAGAACUGUCUGGGGGGGGGAGGGGUGGCCUCACUCCGCAGCGACCCCCAGGGGAAGGCCUAUGGGCAGAUGCUGCUGGACUUGAAGCUCACCGGACUCCCAGACAUCAUGGGUCUGGUCGACUGAGAAAGAGACAUAGAGACCCAGUGAGAGAGAAAGAGAGAGAACACUCAUGAAAUCGACAAAACAACAUUUAAUACAAAUUCUUGCACAAUUUAAAUACAAGUUUGAUCGCGUGAAUUACCCCAUAAACAAAACAAAUGCUCUUUAUUUAUUUUUGUAUGAUUAGAGUUGAUUAGAGACGGUUUGUUGCGAUCGUGUCACCAAGACCAAGUUAGCGUGUGUUUUGCAUGCCAACCAAUCAGAGCAUUAGCUGGACCUUGUCUGCUGUUGUCAGAAAGCCAGUCAAGGUUUGACUCCUCGAAUCCCGGCCCGGGGGCUCUACAUAAGGCCCAAAAACACACACGCUAGUUGUGCCUUUUUAAAAUGUGAACAUGGAUACGUUCGGGGCCCCUGACGUCUACCCAGGGGCCCCGUGGAAUGUGAGGGGCUCCCGUCUGGAAGUCUGUUUCCUUGUUUAUCCAUAAUUGCGACCAGACCAAACCAAGACCGAGCCAGAAUUCCUGCU